AUGAGUGACUAAAGUAUAAAUAAGUUUUAGAGAUUUAUUUGAUAAGACAGGACUAAGUUUCGUAUUUGACUGCCCUACUCAUAAAUUCUUGUCCAUCAAUAAUUCUUUUGGUCCUGGCUCUCCAUUCUAGGGCAUACUGCCUUAUUAUGUACUUCCUGGCUCUCAACCACCUACAGCCAUACACCUAAUUAGAUACCUGUUGUAUUUUAUUACACUUAUUAACCAUAUAUUUGAGUAGAUCCUUACCAAAAUUUAUUGUUUAAAUAUGGUUCAAACUACUUAAAAAAUGUUCUAAGUAUAUUAAUUUAAAAAACAAUGA